GCGUGCUCGCGCGCGAGACUCGCGACGCUCUCGUCGCGCGGCGCGUCCGCGCUCCGCGGAUCCUCCGCGUCGUCCUCGUCGGCGCGGCGCGCCCCCGCGGCGUGGAGGACCGCCGUCGCGACGCCCGCGAAGACGGUGCCCAAAAACGCAGGUAACAACAUUCGAGCGAUGGCGACCGGAGGGAACAACGUCGACGCCGCGAGGAGGAAAGCCGCGACGAGGGCGUACAACGCGCUCCCGAUGAAGCUCGUGAUCGUCAGCAAGGGCGGCGGCGCGAGCGUUGACGCCGCGUGCGGGGAGUGGGCGGACAAGAUCCGACGCUACGCGCCCUUCGACGAGAUCGUCGUCCGGCCCAAUCCGAAGAACGCGAAGGACCCGCGAGCGCAGCUGGAGGCCGAGGGCGAGCGGGUCAUGCGACACGUCGACGCGCGAGAUUUCGUCGUGCUCAUGGACGAGCGCGGGAAGGACCUGAGCUCGGAGGCGCUCGCCGCCGUGGUCGCGGACGUCGGCGACGGCGGGCACUCGGGGAUCGUGUUCUGCGUGGGGGGGCCGUUCGGCCACGGCGACGCGGUGACGCGAAGGGCGGACGCGAGAGUGCGACUGAGCAGCAUGGUGAUGAACCACCAGGUGGCGAGGAUCGUGCUGCUGGAGCAGGCGUACCGCGCGCACACGAUAUUGCGGGGGGAGCCGUACCAUCAUUGAUGAUUCGGGAGAGCGGGCUCGGAGGAGGUCCCGAGGGUUUAUUAGGAAUGGUUUGAAACUCCGGCUACAAAAUAAU